AAAUAACAGCAGGUAAUUACAACAACAACAACAACAACAACAUCAACAGAGUAUGGCGAUUGCCAAGCAAACGUCUUCCAGUUCAUCAUCAUUAGCAUCAGGAAAAAGUGAAGAGGCACCAAACUAUGGAAGCCAUGGUGGUAGUGAUCAUCAAGGACAAUCACAGCAAGAUGACAGUGGAGCUGAAGAAGGUCCUGUCUAUAUUUUAACUUCAGCAAAAGGUGAUAGAAGCUACAAACUUCGUGAUUCCAGAAUUAUUGAAAUUGCUGGUGGUAGAGAAGUUUAUUCACAAAGUCGUGGAAAAGUUGCAUCAAGAAAGCCACGUUUCUUGACAUCCUCAAAAUCUGUGCCUAAUGAUGAUACAAAUUUGACAGAUAAUAAAUUAACUGUCAAAAAAAAUAGUAAAUCACCAAAUCGUCAAAGUGUCUGGGAAUUACGUAGCAGAUGUGGUGAAACAAAAAAACAAAGAUCAAAUCGUGAAGUUACUGAGACAGUAUUUUCAUCAGAAGUACAUUCAGUACGUCGUAAUCCAACAAAAACAAUAAUUGAUCAUGAUACAACAUCAAAAACAACAAAAAAUAAUAAUCGUAUAUUAAAUUAUGAUUCAUUAUUAAAUUGUAAUAAUGUAGAAUAUAAUAUACCAAAGAAUUUAACUGAUAUGGAUUAUGGUUUACCAAAAAAUUGUUUAGAUUAUCAAUCAAAUAAUACAACACCAGCUAAAAGUAUGGCAAUUGUUAGUGAUGGUGAAGUUGUUGUAUUUGAUGAUAUUGAUGAUAAUUGGCAAAAUUUAAGAGAAAGACUUGAUAUUAAUACAACAAAUACAACAAAAAUUAAUACAACAGAUAAAGAUGAUAAUCAACAACGUAGAAUUAUACAAGAACCACUUGGUUCAAGUGUUGGUAGUUCACCAAGUCCAACAUCAUUUACUAGAACAACUUCAGACUUUUUUAAGGUAAUGACACCAGCAAGUGAUGGUAAUUCACCAUCACCAGAAAGAAAUCACAAAGUUCAACGAAUAAUUGGUGAAUUACCAAUUGCUCAAUACUCUGGAAGUCCUCGUCGUUAUGGUGUACGUGAAAAUUCAAGAUUACCAAGUUUAUUAUCAUCACCAUCAUCAGUAUACAUGACACCAAGACCAGGUUUUCCACAGCGAAUAUUACCAACAACACCAAAUAAAAAAGAAUAUGAACAAUCAUCACCAACUGAAGAAAUUAUAACAACAACAACUACAACAACAUCUGUACCUAUGACAACAACAAUAACACCACCUCAAUCACCAUCACCAACGCCAUCAUCAUCAUCUCCAUCAUUAUCAUCAUCUCCUUUACCACCACAAUUACAACUACCAACAACAGAAAUACUUGUUGAAACAUCAAGUCCAACAAUUGAAAAAUUAAAUAAUCUAAUUGUAACACCACAAGUUAUUGAAGAUAAUCAAAUUAAUAAUGAUUCUAUUUCACCUGUACCAGAACCAGAUGAUGAGGAUGAUGAUGAUGAUGACCAUGACAAUGACGAUGAUGAUCAUGAUGAUGAUGACGAUGAUAGAGAUUUUUUAAAAUCAUCAUUUCUUAAUACAGAUAAUUUAUCAAGUCUUGUUACACCUGGUGGUAGUACAUUUGAUUAUUUAUAUGAAUUUUCGGAAACACGAAAAGUACUUGAAGAAUUUUUUAAAUGUCCAGCACCAAAUGAAGAAAAAGAAAAUAACGGUGAAGCAUUUCCAUUUCAGGACUUGGAUUAUGAACUUCGUCGACAAAGUGGUAGUUCAUAUGUUGGACAACGUUUAGCAAGUGGUUUACCAGGUGCUGAAGAAGUUAUGGUACAUGAAUCACCAAAAAAACAAAGAUCAGAUUAUCCACAAUCAACAACUGAGCAUGAAAAUAAUUUUCUAGACUUAUCAGUUGGUACUGGAAGUAGUGAAGAUUUAGGUGAAACAGAAGUUGGUUUACAAGUUGGUCAUUCACGUAAUUUUACACUAAGUCCAGAAACAACUGAUUGUGAUAGUAAUUGUGGUGAUUUAGAUAGUGAAAUGUCAUUAAUGAUGAUGGAUAAUGAAUUAAUACCAGCAAGUGGUUUACUUGGUUCAAUUGGUGAUCUUGGUAAUAAUUCUGAUUCAUUAAGAAUAUAUACAAGUAUGCCAGUAUUAGAAGAUGGUUUAUCAAGUGGUCAUGCUAGUGAUAAUGACAAUAAUAAUCCAACAGUUAUGUUAAUGAAACGUCAAAUAAAUGAAAUUGAAAAAGAAAUAAUACAAAGAACAAGAAAUGAUAAUAUAUUAGUUACAUCAACAACAACAACAACAAAUGAUAAUAAUAAUGAUAAUAAUAUUAAUAAAGAUAUUAAUUUAUCAAUAACAAAAGAUAUAUUACAAACAUUAAAUUCAUCAUCACCAGAUUUAUUUUUAACUCAAAAAGAUCAUUCAUAUGAUGAUAAUGGAAUUAAUUUAGAUGGUUUAGAUUUAUUAGUAACACCACCACCACCAGCACCACAAGGUAGACAAACAACAAUUAAUGUUGAAGUUGGUGGUGAAGUUGAAGCUGCUAUUAAAGAUAUUAGAAUGGCAUUACAAAAAACUAAAACAUUACCAGUUAAAUUAUCAAGUGAUGAGCUACCAGAUCAAAGUGUUAGUCCAAUAUGGAUACCAAGUAUGUUGGAUGGUAGACAGAGAAUUUCAACUGAAAAUUGUAAUGAAGAUUCUGAAUUACGUCGUGGUGAUGAAGAUAAUGAGGUUGAAGUUGAAGAAGUUAUUGAUGAAGAAGAAGCUGAUACUGAUCUUGAGACUGAUCGACUAUUGGGACAACAAAGAACUGAUGAUCAAGGAUUUUAUGAUGACAAGGGAUGGCGAAAGCCAAAAUCUCGGACAAUGCUACCGUCAAUGAGUACAAAAGUUGUAACACCAAAACAAACCCCACCAAAAACAUUGAGUGUUAUUCCAUUAGAAACACUAUCACCAUGUGAUCCUUUACCCUCAACAUCAUCAUCAAUAUCCCCAUCACCAAUUGUCACUAGUGUUGUACAAUCAACAACGUCCGAACGCGAUCCAACAUCACCCAUGAAAAAUUCAACAUCAAGUCCCCAGAAGACCCCGGUUAAAAAUUCUCCCUCGCCCACACAGAGCCUCAAGGAAUCCAGUGGAAAGGUGAAAAAGGAUAAAGAAGGCAAAAAAAAGAGCAGAAAUAAAGAAGGAUUAUUGGAUGAUCCAUCAGUGCUCAUUGAAGGUGUGCUAUUUCGUGCAAGAUAUCUUGGUUCAACACAACUUGUUUGUGAGGGACAACCCACUAAAUCCACCAGGAUGUGUCAAGCUGAAGAAGCUGUAUCCAGGAUAAAGGCAUUGGCACCUGAUGGUGAAACUCAACCAAGUACUGAAGUUGAUUUAUUUAUAUCAACUGAAAAAAUAAUGGUAUUAAAUACAGAUCUUAAAGAAAUAAUGAUGGAUCAUGCAUUAAGAACAAUAUCAUAUAUUGCUGAUAUUGGUGAUUUAGUUGUAUUAAUGGCACGUAGAAGAUUUGUACCACAUGAAAUGGAAGAAGCACCAAAAAUAAAUCGUACACCUAAAAUGAUAUGUCAUGUAUUUGAAAGUGAAGAAGCACAAUUUAUUGCUCAAAGUAUUGGACAAGCAUUUCAAGUUGCAUAUAUGGAAUUUUUAAAAGCAAAUGGUAUUGAAGAUCAUAGUUUUGUUAAAGAAAUGGAUUAUCAAGAAGUACUAAAUUCACAAGAAAUAUUUGGUGAUGAAUUACAAAUGUUUGCUAAAAAAGAAAUGCAAAAAGAGGUUGUUGUACCAAAAGCAAAAGGUGAAAUACUUGGUGUUGUUAUUGUUGAAUCUGGAUGGGGUUCAAUGCUACCAACAGUUGUCAUUGCAAAUUUAGCACCAGCUGGUGCUGCAGCACGUUGUGGUCAAUUAAAUAUUGGUGAUCAAAUAAUUGCAAUAAAUGGUGUAUCAUUAGUUGGUUUACCAUUAUCAACGUGUCAAACAUAUAUUAAAAAUUCUAAAAAUCAAACAGUUGUUAAAUUAACAGUUGUACCAUGUGCACCAGUUGUUGAAGUUAAAAUUAAACGUCCUGAUACAAAAUAUCAGUUAGGUUUUAGUGUACAAAAUGGUGUUAUAUGUAGUUUACUUAGAGGUGGUAUUGCUGAACGUGGUGGUGUACGUGUUGGUCAUAGAAUUAUCGAAAUAAACAAUCAAAGUGUUGUGGCAGUGCCACAUGAAAAGAUUGUUAAUCUUUUAGCAACGUCAGUUGGUGAGAUAUUGAUGAAAACUAUGCCAACGUCAAUGUUUAGACUACUUACAGGCCAAGAAUCACCAGUGUACAUAUAAAAUAAUUUAUUGUUAUUAUUAAAUGAUAAAUAUUUAAAAAAAUAAUAAUAAUUAAAUAUGGCUACGUAGUGAACAGACAAUACAACCGCGAUCCACUCGUAACUCCUCCAUCAACCCCAAGUAAAUAAAUAAAUUGAAGGUUUGUUUAAAGCUAAGAUAAAUAAAUUUAAUUUUUAAUUAUAAAUAAAAAAAAUAAAGAGCACUUGCCGAGGUCCAGGAAUUACUGGGAGGAAUCUUGCUUAACUAGUUAAUAAUAAAAUAUAUAAAAAAUUAUUUAAAAGCCGAGUAAAUGUUAUAUAAGUAAUUAAUCUGAGCAUAAUUUAUGUAACAAUAUUAUUCAUAGUUAAAAAAAAAAUUUAUAUUAUUAUGUAUAAAUUAUGCAUUUAAUCAGGUAAAUGCUAAAAUUUUCUACGGCUAAAUUGUUUGUUUUUUUCUUCUUUUUUUUAUUGGAAAAAUAAUAAUUUUAGUAUAAAUUUUGUUGCAUGAUAAACUUGUGAGGCUAGUUAUAAUAUAAUUAAAUUGGUUCGUCAUCUUGAUACUCGAUAAUUGAAAGAUGAUUAAAAGUCAAAAGUUUUUGCCUCAUUUAACGCUGGAAUUAAACUUUAUAUUAAAAAUUAAAUAUGAGAUAAAUACUGUAGAGAGUUGUGUUUUAAAAAAAAAUAAUUAUUAAAUAAAUAUAUAAAAUAAUAAGCCAAGGAAGAUGAUAGAUAAUAAUAAUGCACACAAUUAUAUAUAGCACAAAGCUCAUUACGAAUUUAUACAUUUUGAGCAGGGCUGAUAAUUUAAAAUGAAAAAAAAAAAAACAAUUGUAUAUUACGUAAUUUAGAUGGGAAGAAAAAAAAACAAAAAGAAAAAAAUUAUGUACUAAUUAAUUUAUAAAUGAAUCUAUAUUUCCUGAGACCUCAAAUCAUGACCUUAAAAAAAACAAAUAAAUAAAACACGUACUCAAAGUCUAUACACAUUCCUUAAUGAAAUUUCUGUAAAAAAAAAUAAAAAAAAAUAUUAAUUUAAAAAGAAAUACUGCUUUAAAUAAAUAAAUAAAAAUCAUGUGGUGCCCACGUUAAUAAUUUUUACUGAAAAUAAUAUUUAAAAAAUAAUUAUAAUCAUGAUUAAUAAAUAAUAACAGAGACAACUGAUUAAAUUGUUAACAAUAAAUAUUGAGUUUAUAAGCUUCGUGAAAAACAGAGUGAUAUUUAUACAGAGGAGUACACCAAAAAUAUUAUUUAAUUACUUUUUUUUAAGUAUUAAAUAUUUUAAUUUUUUUUCAUUAUUUAAUGUUUUUUUUAAUUAAAAAUUAUCAUGACAAUUAGCUUCAAUUUUGUGUAAGCUUCUAAAUAAUUAACUGAAAAAUUUAAUAAAAAAAAAAAAAAAAAAAAAAAAUCAGCCUUAUUAAAUAAAAUUUAAAUAAAUAAAUUGUUACUGUUUUAGAUUUCUCACCCAAAUAAUAAUUGUAAAAAAAAUGAGACAAAAUUAAAUUUAAUUGUAUUUUUAUUUAACAUUUAAUUACACACUCGACAGACUGAUACUGAAAAAAUAAAUAAUCAAAGCUCUACUAAAGUAAAAAGAAAAAAGAACAUAAAAGAAAAAAAAAAUAUAUCGAUAUUAUAUAUUUGAAAAAAAAAAAAUAUAAAAAGUGGAAAUAAACACUUUGGUGGUGCUCUUUCAAGUAGUACUAAAAAUACAUCACUGUAGUUUAAGUUUUGUUAUCAAUGAUGAUAAAAAAAAAAAAAAAGAAAAUGUCGACAUUUUUAAUUCGCACAUUCCGUAAAAAUUUAUUCGCUUUUUUGAUGAUAUCUGGUGAAAAUAUACACAAAAGCACAAGCAGGAUUUAAUAACUAAAAAAAAUGAAAAAUAAUUAAUAAAAUAAAUCAUGUAUACAAUGAAAAAUUAAAAACGAAAAAAAAAACGCUGAAUUCAAUGCAUUUGACAUGAAAAGAAAAUUGUGUUUGAUUAAAAAAAAUAAAAGUGGUAUUUAAUUAAAAUCGGGAUCAAACGAAUGUUAAAUUAAUAGAUGGUUUUAACAAAUAUUAUUAAAUAAUAAUAUAACACACUCUAGUCAGCUAAGAAAAUAAAGCAAAAUAAUAAAUGAAAUUUAAAAAUACUCAAAUUGUUAAACCAUCUAAAAAAUAAUAUAUAUAAUUGCGAAGAAAAUAAAUAAAUGCUUUGUUGUAUUAUUGAGUGCAUCGAGACCUGCUUGAUAAAUAAUUAUAAUAAUAUUUAACCAGACGUAUGAUUAAUCCUCUUUAUUGUAAAUCAUUUUUUUUAUUUUAAACUGUCGACAUAUGAGUGUUGAAAAUUUAAAUCUCGAUAAAAAAUUCAUCAAAUAUUUCCAAAAUAAUUUCAUCAUCACAAUUCAUUCAUGUAUAAAUAAUAAUUUUUAAAUACAAUCCUCUUGAUAUCCCCAUAUUUUGUGUGAAAUAAUUAUCUAUAAAUAAAAAAAAAACAGAAAAUAAAUAAAAAAUAAUAAAAAUAAAAAAAAAUCAACAUCGGCUGUUUAUAAUAUUGUUAGAAUUAAAAUUAAUAAUCAACAAUAUCUGCAACACUUGCUGAUGGGAAUUGUGACAAAAAAAAAAAAAAAGAAAAACAAAUUAGUUUUUUUUUUUUUUAGAACUGU